AUGCUGAAGUCAAUAUCAGAAAGAAGACAUUCACUGAGGUUCAAACAGAACGAUUGGAGCAAGCAGAACGGACUGUUUUAAUUAAGUGCCCACCAAAACUUGACGAAAAAAAAUUAUUGCAGUAUUUAUCCAGUCAUGGAAACAUUAACAGUCACUUUUUUUUUGAAAAUCGUGGUAUCCAUGCUUUAAUAGAAUUUUCUGAAAAGGACAGUAUAGCCUCAUUGCAGGAUGCUAUUGGAAUCCCAAGUGCUGCAGAGCAUCAUGUUGUCCCAUUUAAAUCUAGACUUUUUACUUUCACGCUGAAAAACCCAGUGAGUCAAGCUGCUGAAGAGACACCAGUUCACCUCUCUCCUCAGUCUCACAUUCCAGUGAAAGAGCUUAUUCAAAAGCUUUGUCAUGCAGACAGUAUAAGCAGUCAGAUGUACAUUCUACUGAAUGAGUAUCAGCUUACAGAAGAAAAUAUCAAGCUCCGAUUUCUGGCCUGUUCUCUGGUUCGGGAUUUCACACAUGCGUAUUUUCCAGAUAGCACGGUAAAGCCAUUUGGCUCUUCAGUCAACACCUUUGGCAAAUUGGGUUGUGAUGUGGACAUGUUUCUGGACUUCCAUGACAAACAAAAGCUUGCUACAAAAAUG